AGUAAGUACUCCACCAUCACCAUGUCUAUAAUGAUAGUGAGAAUAUUCAACUGCAAUCUGCAGAGAUAAAACCUGAAAAUUGAAAUCUUAAUCUCAUUUGAUCAUCAAUUUCUCUCUCAAAUCGCAGUGAUCGGAAAUUCCAAAAUGACUUAUCACAGCGUGCCGCAGGGACCACACCAUCCGCCACCAGGGCACGCCCCCCCACACCAUCCGCCUCCACAUCAUCACGACGCACCGCACCAUCCUCCACCAGGGCACGGCCCCCCACACCAUCCGUCUCCGCCGCCCCCUGGGCCAGGACCUUACCAAGGAUACUUCAAUCCUGGCCACGCUCCCCAUCCGCCUCCGCCUUCUCACCACCAUCACGAUGAUCAUCAUCACUCUGAUUCUGGCUGCUGUUCCUUCCUUCAGGGCUGCUUAUCUGCGCUUUGUUGCUGCUGCAUAUGGAGACAGUGUUGCCGCUGCUGUUUCUGAGUGUACAAGCGUGCCUAUUUGAUCUUUGGUUAGCACCUUAUAUCAGUAUGAGUUUGCUGGUGCAGAUCCGGUGAAACUCAGACCUAUUGUAGACUACAAUGAUAUAAUUGUAUGAAUAAGCUCUUUACUACCCUUGUAGUAUUGUCACGAGUAAAGAUGGACAAUGUUGAUGAAGCCUAAGCUUACUAGACUAUAUUGUUGUACUUGUAUUAGUAUCUCCUAGUGAACAAAUUAUUCCACUCUUUAUUGUAUCCGAAUGUCAAUAUAGGCGACUCUGCAGUUUUACCGAUGUUA